GCAAGCGCGAAUCACGGUAGUUUCAAAAUAAAAGUCACAAAAAUGAAAGGAUAGCUUCAUACUUUUUUUUUAAGUUUACGAUAUUUUUAUUAGAUUUAGAUAGAACGUUCCUAAGAUAAAAAACUAAAAUGUUAGGCGAUAAAUUUAAUAGGGGAUCAAAAAGAGGCGUUAUUCGCCUUCUUGGUAAUAAUUGAAAUGUUUCUGCAGGGUCGCAUUAUAAUUGUUUGGUUAUCUUGGCUUAUUGGAGGAAUUUGCGGUGUUGUUAUUCUGUUAAUUAUUGUAUGCUACUGCCGCCUAAUGCCGCGACACCAGAAAUCUUUCGAUGAACAAUAUCUAAAAGAACAUUACACCAUUAAAGAAGGACAUGGAUAUACAAGUCAGGAAAACUAUAGGAUUAAACACACUGAGGUGCAAGUUCAGAGGCAUGUACGGCCUGCAAGCUAUGCAGGGGACGCAGAGUGCCGACGGCAGAGGGAGCCCACACGACCACCUACACACUGUUAUGUUAAUCGGGUACCGGAUACACCACGGGACAAUGCUGUACAGUAUGCUUCUAGUGGCAUGUUAGAUGAGAUGGAAGGAGCUGCAAGCAUUGAUGCUCUGAAAACACGUUCGCUGCCUGCUUUCUUGCGCCCCAAACCACGUCCACUCUCCACCGAAGAUGAUUUACACCAACUGUAUGCUAAGGUAAAUUUAAGCAAGAAGUACAAGAACCGCAUGCGCAACGAGCACGCCGCCAUCAUCGCCCUCAGCAAGUCGCACAGCCAGUUCUUCGACGCCGACGCCGUCAUCGUGUACGACCAGAGAACUGCGCUCUAAACCGCGCGGAGGAGACCUCAUUCGUUUUGUUUUUCAUAACAUGACUGAGGACUCACACAGACAGACACACUUGUGUAAUGUCUUUCCACUAUCUGAGAUAUUGAUAUUAUUUAAUUUAUUCGAAGUAAUGACUUCCAAAUUAAAAGUAAAUAAGAUUUGUUAUAAAAUAAAAGAGGUGAUGAAAAUCAAAGAAUUUAAAAGUUACAGAGGACCAAAUUUGAGAGUUGAAAAAGACUUCAAGUUAAAGGUACUUCUUGUUAAUCGACUUAAUUAGAAUGAUUAGUUCGAUCUGAGAAGGUAGUACAUACAUAUAUGUAUUACAUAAGUCAGGAGUUGGAAUCGUUUCGAAGUUUUGACGACAUUUUUAAAAUAGACGCGCUAUCGCUUUAUGUCCGGACAAUACAUCAAAGAAUUGAAAUUAGGAUAGAAUAAAGUUAGUGGAAUAUCCUUCCAGCUUCCACUCACGUACUUGUUCUCUUGUCUACUUCGUUCAUUUAUAAAUUGUAGAUAUUUCUGUAAUUAGUAUUCCCUACAUCUACAUAUCAGUUAAGAUAUACAAUAAAUUGUAUUCAAAAAAAUAUAUAAUAUAUAAAAACGCACGCACACAUAGACGUAUUACCGUUAUAAUCUCAGGACAGAGAAUUAUAUAGAAGUGACAUAAUCAAAAUUAUAUAAUAAAAUGGCAUAAAUACAAUUUAGUGCCGAUUGGAAAUAGAGUAAACGUUUUUAACGUCUGGAUAAAUAAAUAGACAAUAUGCUCAAGUCGCUCAUGUCACUUCUGACGCACACUCUCUGUUCCGAGGUCACAUUUAUUAUUAUUAAAGCUAAUAAGACAAUCAGUGUGUAAAGUUUUGCGAAAAUUUAAAAAAUUGGCAAAAAUGUGAUUGUUAAUCAUGUGAUAUAAUUUAAUAACGAAAUUGUGGCCUAAUUCGAAUGUUUUAUAAGAAAUUCACGUAUAAUCGCGUACAAUCGUGUUGACGUUAUUGUAAAACUGACAAUAACAUAUUAUACCACCGGAUAUUUAGGACCUUUAUUUUAAAUAUGAAAAUUAUCGAUUC